AUGGCUCACCACAUCCUCCUCAUCGGCGGCCACGGCAAAAUCGCCCAACUCCUCACACCCCUCCUCUUGGCAAAAUCAUGGAACGUAACAAGCAUGAUACGCACAGCAUCGCAGCAGCCAGCAAUUGAAAAGCUGGGUCAAGGUCUGCCGGGAAAACUCUCGGUGUUGGUGCACAGUGUAGCCGAUGUAAAGACUGAAAAUGAUGCGAAGAGCAUCUUGCAAGAAGUAAACCCAGACUGGGUGGUCUGGAGCGCUGGAGCCGGCGGCAAAGGCGGUCCAACAAACACCUACGCCGUCGACCGCGACGCCGCCAUCGCCUUCACCCGCGCCAGCAUCGCCACGCCCACAGUGAAAAAGUUCCUCACAGUCUCCUACUUGUCCUCGCGGCGCGGCCGCGCCCCCUGGUGGACCGACGACGAUUGGGCCGUAGCGCAGAAAGUAAACAAUGAGAUUCUACCGGAUUACUUCAAGGCGAAGGUGGCGGCCGACGAAGUCUUAACUAUUCUCGCUAAGGAGCGGGUGGAGAAGGAAGAGAAGGAGAGUGUGGAGGUGAAGGACAGGUUUUGUGGUGUUAGUUUGAGGCCGGGGACGCUAACGGAGGAGAAAGCAGGAGGGGUGAAGUUGGGGAAGGUGGGGGCGGGGGGGAAGACGAGUAGGGCUAGUGUGGCGGAGACUGUGGUGGAGGUAUUGGGGAGGGAGGUUAGGGGGUGGGUGGAUGUUGUGGAUGGGGAUGAGAAUGUGGGGGAGGCGGUGGAGAGGUUUGAGAGGGAGGGGUGGGAUGCAGUUGAGGGGGAGAAUUUGGGAGAGAUGAAGAAGAGGGUUGAAAGUUGA